UGCCAGCCCCCUUUUGGGGCGAGCCUCGCCGGCGCGCAGAGCCAUGGCCGCCCAGCCGCCGGGCGGCGACAUGGACAGCCCGCACUUGGACCCCGCGGCGAACUUUUCCUACAUUCGCCUGGUCAGCGCAGAUGGCCACCACUUCUACUUGGACCGCCGGAUCGCUUACGAGUGCGACUUCUUCCGGAAGAUGGUGGAGCAGGAUGGUUUCAAGGAGGGACAGACCAACGAAAUCAAACUUCCCACCAUCACUGGCAAGCUCCUCGAGAAGGUCAUCGAGUACCUGUACUACAAGUACAAGUACACAGACUCCAAGGUAGCGAUCCCGGAAUUCCCCAUCGACGACGACGUCGUGCUGGAGUUGCUGCUCGUCGCGAACUUCCUGAACCUUUACUGAUCUAGGAUUCCCAGCAAGGGCUCCCACGAGGGCGCGAAGUUAUUCGCGCUUCGCGGUCCUCGUUCCUUCUCCCCCUCCUCCUCGUCCUCCUUUUCUCCCUUUGGGGGGGCGGCGCGAGGGCGCGAAGUUAUUCGCGCUUCGCGGAGCGCGAAGCGCGAAGUUGGGAGCCCUGAGGCCUCCAGCUGAGGGGGCGCCGCGAGCGCGGGACCCUGGCCCGCUCGCCCGGCGGCGGCGGCGCGCCCCAAAAAGGGUGCCGGGGAGGCA